AGGUUCACCUUCACCCAACUUGAGUAUAGGGAGGAACUGCCGGCCAAGAGCAGGCUGCUACCAUCCCGAUGCAGCCAUGGGGGCAAGCUGCUCGCCCAGCGCAGGGACUUCGUGCCGACCGGUCCAGAGGUGUUGCGGGGGCGAUGCUGACCACCCGCUUUUGAUGAAUUCUAGACCGGAGCCCUACGAUGUGUACGGCUAUCCCGAAGAGUCGCUGUCUAUUACGGACAUGGCGGUUGCGGACGGCAGUCAUGCCUUGGUCCAGAGGUUGGAGGGGGGGUGGUUUCGGAAAUCCGACGGCACAGCGGUCGGGGAGGUUUUUGCAGGCCACAUUAUUUGGAACAAAGCCUGGGAUAUGGAGUUGGAGUGGUCGAAAGUUCAGGAAGUUGGCUCCAGUAUGGUGCAGAUUGAAGUGCAAGGCCGGUGCUACGUGGGGGUCACCUGUUUUGAUGCCCAAUGCACCAUUACAUGGAAUGAUGGUGACGUCUGGGUCAUGAAAUGAGCUGGAAGCUCUCGCCCGAUUUUCCGAGAGGCGAAGCCUGCGGAGAGUCUUGAUGUAGUCUAGGUGAGUAUCAGGAAUUGCUGCACGCACUCCGAAAGUGGAGCUAAGAUAAUGUUAGCACGCUCUCACAGGACCCCACCUUUUCAUCCCAAACCCC